CAGAUAAUAGAAAGAGGUAAUGGCGCUAGUGUUAUUGUUUGAUUUCAUAAAUUUUCGCUUUCAUGCUCGAGCAACAAUAGUGGAAGGUGUUGGAGAUGAAGUGUUAAUUGGUUUGGCGUCGACUCUUGGGCUCAUAGCGCUAGUUAGUAUUCUGUACAACACCCAAGGACAAAGAAACAUUCAUCCCUUACAAGAAGAGCAUGUGCGUGUAGUGCGUGACAGACUGGGAGUCCGACGAGAAGGAAGUGAUACAGGAGCGAAUGAUGAUCCAGUUCUGCCUGAUUCGCCACCUGUUACUUAUUCUACUGAUAGACAGUGCCCUGUUUGUCUUACAGACACGAAAUUCUGUACCACUACCAAUUGUGGACAUGUCUUUUGUGGUAUGUCUCUCUUUGAAUUCCCUUACAUAUAUGUCCGAUUAUAUUAUCACGGUAACAUCAUCGUUUGACAGAUAUAAUUGAGGAUUUUGUUCGGUUUGUUUUUCUCUUCCUGCGCUUUACUAUAACGCUCGAAGGAAAAACACAAAAAUGCCAGGACUUCUUAUGUGUAGUUAUCAAGUUUCCAUGUGCUCAUCCUUCUUUUCUGGCUAAUAUUUUGACAGUCUCGAUAUAAUUGUUUUCUUAGCCCCAUGUAUAAUAACAUACUGGAGGUAUGGAAGGUGGCUUGGUGCUAUCAACUGUCCUGUGUGCAGACAACAGGUGAGGGCUUCAUCAUAGUCAGACAGUCAGUCAGCGCUCAUUGAUUCAGUCAGUCAUUCAGUCUGUGAGACAGUCAGAAAGUUAUUUACUUCCUUGGUGAACUAAUCUUUUAGUCAGAUAGGUCAGUUGAUUGGUUGAUCUAUAGGUCAGUUUGUUGGAAAUAAAGUUUUGAGUUACAAAGAACACAGCUCAGUCAUGGCACCAUUACACUUGAUUAUUACUGCUCCCUUAAACCAAGUCCUUAUGUCUAAGGAGUGAAGCUUAGGCUCAUUUCCUAAACAAUGGCUGGUUUUCAAAAUUAUCUUACCAAGGAGGAAAACAUGAAUGCAAAAUCUGUUACACCUGAGUUUAAGUUAAAUUCUUGUCUUUUCACAGGUCACUAUUCUAUUUUCAAAUUUUUCUGAGGAGGACAGAGCAUUACCAGAAGCAGUACAACAUAGACAUGAUAUGAAUGAGUACAAUCGUAGAUAUUCAGGAAUACCAAGACCUGUAAGUAACCCCUCUUGUGUUUCAACAGUAUGUACAAAUUUUUUUUGUAAAUUACAUGAUCAAGCAUAAUGUAUACUCUCAAUAUUAUUUAUUGUUUAUAUAAUAAUUAUUUUCAUCUUUCAAAAUUAGGACAAGCAUUUUAAUAUUUAAGUUCUGACUUGCCUCUCAUAAUGCAGCCUCACAAAGAUAACUGUGCAUGAGUUCAAUUUUUUGGUUUUGUCUAAAGCUCAAACUCUCUGUUGAUUUUUUACAACGUUGUACAACUCAGAAACUUUAUUCCAGCUUUCUGAUGGUUACACACAGAAUAAUAUAUCAAGCUAACAUGUAAAUUUGAGAAAAAAAAAUUGUUGAAAUAACAAAAGAAAAAGAUUUUUGUUCAAUCAUUUAAUGAACAAUUCCUGUGAUUUUGAGUGGAGUGUAAAAAACAACAAUCAAAUAAAUUUUUCACAACAACAAUUCCACUUAUAACAAUUCCUUUCUUUCUUGCAGUGGAUGGAUUACAUUUAUGACCUGCCCACUCUUCUUCAUCAACUGUUUACUGAGCUGUUUUCUGUUGGAGGACUUGUCUGGGUUCUAAGACUCAGAAUCAUCUUGUGUUUUUGCGCAGCAGCUUUAUAUUUUGUUUCUCCUUUGGACAUCAUUCCAGAGUCUGUGUUUGGAUUUCUUGGUCUUUUGGAUGAUGUACUUAUCACUUUACUGGUGCUGGUGUAUGUUACUGAAAUGUACAGAAGAGUGAUUGCCAAUAGAGCAGAACAACCCAUGUGAAGCAUCAUCAAAGAAGUAUAAUAAAUUACAUUUAUUGUGUUCACAGUAUUUAAUGCUAUUUGGUAUUGGAAAUUAGGUUUUAAAAAUUUUUAGAAAACAUUUUUCAAAUCAACAAACAUUUUUCUUGACUGGGUGUUCCUCCUAAAGAGUGACACAAGAUUAAAAUAUCUAUCAUGUUUGAGUCAAUAGAAUUUCCACUUGAUACAAGCAUCCUUAAAGAGGAAUUCCAUAUUUCUGAGCUACACACUUUCAGUGGUCUAUUAGAAACAUUUGAGGUCACAAGUUUAGAUGGAUGAAGAAACAGGAUAUGUUUAAUACCAAUAUCACCAUUUCCUUGAUGGUGAGCACCAAUUGUAGUGUUACAGAGUGUAACAUUUUUAAAAUUAUAUUAUUGACUUCGCAAGUUGUAGAUAGUAUUGUGAACAAUUGUUUUAAAAUAACAAAUAAGAUCAAUUUAAACAAAGUAGUGAGGGUAAUUAAUCCAUUUAUAGUAUGCUUCAACUAUAAACAGAAGUACUGGCAGGUUUUUACGUACUUUAUCUGCCUUAUUUCUUUAUAAAUGGAAAAUAAUGACUUUAAGAUGAUGAAAAAAACUCUGCAGAAUGCAUGGCCAAAUUUUCAUCAUAUAUGGAGCAUGCAGGUCAGGCAAAUCCUUUUUUUUUUUGUUGAUAAGUUGUUGAUUUGCCUGAAAUUUUGCCCAAGUUUAGAACUGACUAAUAACUUCCUCUAUGUAAAUUAGAUGAAGAACAAUUCCUGGUGCAGAAUAAGGAGCAGUCAUCCAAAAGGUGAAUUAACAUAAUAGUAUUUUCAGACAAAUUUUUAAGGAUAUUUCACAAAAAGAAAAACUUUGAGGAAAAUCUAAGUUAAACAAGAGUUUCUAUCACACAUUAGUGUCUUAAAUUUAAACAUCAUUUUUCUAUCAAAUUAGUCAUGGUACAACUUCAUUAAAUGUAAGUUAGCCAUACUAUAUCAGUUCAGAUGUAAAAGUUUAAGUUAGUGGAACAAUUUGAAACAAAUGAGAGAAAAAUAUAAACCACAGUGUAGGCAGCAGUAGUGUUUUUAUCCAAAACCCAUAAACCAUUUCUUUCCAAAGUUCUAAUCUGAAAGUAGCACUGUCUCCUCCAGCAACUAGACAUGGUUUAUGCCAGUGUAAUAAGUAGGAAGUUUGUCUAUUUCUGUCAGUAAUGGCUUCUCCAACAAUUGACCUUAUGAUUAACCCUCCUCUUCAUAAGAUUUCAUUUGUUAUUUUCUCUUCUAGCUGUUCCACACUUCCUUGUAAUUUAGUUUAAUGAAUUAAACAAUAUAGAGGAAAUAGACCGACAAAUUUUCCAUUGUUAAAUCUCUUUAUUUGAGUAUUUAUUCACAACACUCAACAAUAAACUGUAC